AUGAAUAGGUUAACGCCAUGUCGGAAACUGAGUCGAAGCAUCUUCACGUCGAACUCGGAGAUCUUCAAACAACAAAAAAAGGCGAAUUUGGAGCGAAUGGUGGCGAUGCUGAAGAAAGAGGUUCCAAACACACUGAAGACCCAACUGCCAUUCGAUUAUGUUGACAAGAACGUGGUGCUGCGAAUAUUCCCGGAGAAACUUCCAAAUGUGCCUGUGAUCAAGACGAACACGAUGUAUUUUUCCGUUAGCAAGAUUUUGACGGUGAUUAUUCGCAAUUUCAUACUGAGCUCUAGGGUGAAGCUUCACAUACAGCAAGUGAAUGUUUUGGAGAACUCGACAGGGUUGAGCGAUGCCGUGUUUGACGAGGCAGAGUCCAGAAUUAUGCUGAACAAAGACAGAGUUAGUGAAACGGAGUCAUUGAGCAUCGGUCUUUUUGAAAGAAGCACCAAGGUGGUGAUAAAAUGGAGAACGUGUGUCGAUGGAUGUAGUCAUCUCCACACGUCCAGAACGGUGGAUUCUGAUAUGGGAGCCUUCAGAAUCUCCAACCUGAAUCUUUAUGAUUUGUUCAUCAACCAUAGCUUUUCUGAAGUGAAGAAAGAGCCUGAUACCCUCCAUCUGGAGAGAGUCAUGUGCGGAGUGUUCGUGUUUGAACUUUCCGAGAACAACGAUAAGAUCAAGGUCCAAACCAUAGACGACGUUGAGUUGGUCGAAACCGACACAAAGGAUAAGGAUACUGAUGAAAUGAAGACCGUAAAGGGUGCCUAUUAA